CGUAUCCGGAAGAAGGUCCAAAACAUAUUUCACGCGCGCAUCGUUUGACUCAACGAAACAGUAAUUAUUUACAUGAACACUGAAAGUCCAAAUCUGAAGCCAGUUUGACCUAGACAACAGAUCAUGCAGGAGGACUCAAGCCGCAGUCCCAGCUACACAGUGGCAUGUGAGGACUAUGUUCAUGUGGUGGAAUUCAGCCCAUUCACCUCUGGCACUCCAGUCUCUCUCUUAGCUUAUGGUGGAAACCAAUAUGUGGUUGUGGGCACCUGCCUUUUCCAGGAGGAAGAUAUGGAGGUUGAGGGAGCUGAAUUCACUGUUCUUCGUGCUUUUCAUCAUGAAUUGCGAGUUGAUACUCUUGCUUGGAGCCCUGAGUCUCGCUUGGACCCUUCACCUACUAUCAGAUUUUGCACUGCUGCAGCUGACAGAAAGCUACGUCUGUUGAGCUCUGAUCUUCAGGAUAGGCAUGAAGUCAAGGUGAUGGAGGGCCACACCAGCUACAUUAACCAUUUGGUGUUUGAACCCACACAAGGGAGACAAAUUGCUUCCGUCAGUGAUGACCACACUUGCAGGGUGUGGGACCUGGAUGGAUGUGAGACCACUACCCUCAGACUUCGCUCUCCAGGCAUCAGUGUGUGCUGGCAUCCAGAGGAAGUGUUUAAGUUAAUGGUGGCAGAGAAGAAGGGGACGAUUCGCUUCUAUGACCUAGUCACACAACAGGCCAUUCUGUCACUGGACUGUGGACUGUCACCACUAAUGUCAGCAGACUGGUGCCUCACCAACACAAUCAAAGUGGGAGCUGUGGCAGGCAACGACUGGCUCAUCUGGGACAUAACCCGCUCCAGUUACCCACAAGAAAAAAGACCUGCUCACAUAGAUAAGGCACGGCUAUUCAAGUGGUCUCGAGCUAAUGAAAAUCUCUUUGCCACCACUGGAUGUCCUGGAAAGAUCAGCAGUCAGUUGCUCAUCCACCAUCUUGGCCACCCACAGCCCAUGAUGAUUGGAUCCAUACCAGUGGGGUCAGGUCUCAGCUGGCAUCGGACACUCCCGCUCUGUGUUAUUGGUGGUGACAGGAAGCUUUGCUUUUGGAUGACUGAAAUGUAGCCGUGUAAGCAGCACUUUCUUUGAUGGAUAGCUCGAUGUUUUGUUUCUAUUCUAGUAAAUAUUCAAUAAAGUAUUUUUCUGAGUAUCUGCA